AUGUACCGCAUGUACACCGGAGACAUUCAGAAAUACCAGCGCUACUAUCACGAGAAGUACGGACCGAUCAUCCGGAUCGCGCCAAACGAAGUAGCCGUAGCCGAUCCGACAGCUGUUUCCAAGAUCUACCCGCUUCAGAAGCCGAACUCAAAAUCGGAUUGGUACACUGCUUGGCGCCCUUCUACUCUGGACUCGCGAACGGACUUGUUCACGGAGCUCGAUGAGAAGACUCAUACACAGUACAGGCGUAUCGUGGGAAGCGUGUAUGGGUUGACUAGCGUACUGAAGAAUGAGGAGUCCAUCGAUGGCGUGCUGAGUCUCUUUCUGCAGAGGGUCGGGGAGUUCGCCGACCGGAAAGAGGCUUUCGAUUUCGGCAAUUGGCUAGAGAUGUUUGCAUUCGAGAAUGUCGGCACUUGCAUCUUUGGCAAGCAAUUUGGUUUUCUGGAACACAGGCACGAUCACGGCGGCUAUAUCAACGCCGUACACACUGCUACUCCAUUUCUGGGUAUCAUUACAGUUACUCCUACUUAUAUGAGGCCACUUGUAGGGUUAGCUGCGCCUCUUAUACCGAAGUUGUUGAAAGCCAUCAUGGCUUUUGAUGGCAUCCGUGUGACGGCCAUGAAGGAAUUGGAUGAUGCGAUUAAGAGGACCGAAGAGGAUACCUCUAGGCGUAAUGACUUCAUGUCACAGUUUCUUCACAUUGUUCAUGACAGGGGGGAGAAGGUUAACUUUACUAACAAGGAAGUUAGUUCGGAGGCUUGGGUUGCAAUCACCGCUGGCGCAGACUCGACCUCUAUCCUUCUCCGAACAGUAUUUUACAAACUCAUGCAGAAUCCUCGCGUCCUUGAAAAGCUCCGUGUCGAAAUCGAUGCCGCCUUCGAAAGCGGCGCCCUCUCCCACCCCGUCCAAUACGGCGCCCUAGACGAACUUAAAUAUCUGUCAGCAGUUAUCAAAGAGUGUACCCGUAUCUUCCCUAGCUUCCAAGUCACCAUGCCGCGUCAUGCUCCUGCUGAAGGAUUCGAGCUGUGCGGCUACCACAUCCCAGCCGGAUACCGCGCCGGCAUGAACCCCGCCGUUGUGCUCUUCAACGAGGAAAUAUUUGGCCAGGAUGCAAGGGAGUUCAAGCCAGAGAGGUGGCAGGAGAGUGAAACGAGGAACCACGCUAUGGAUAAGGCGAUGAUCAACUUCGGCGCUGGGACAAGGACAUGCAUUGGACGAAAUUUGGCACUUGCUCAGGCAUAUAAAGUCUCUGCUACCAUUAUUCGUGAGUUCACGUUCGAAAUGGCGCACGACCGAUUGUGGCAGACUUAUAAUGCUGGUUUCCGCGGUCAGUACGAUGUCAUCUGUAAUUUAAAGCGGAGACAGCUGGCUUGA